AUGGAAGACGCAACAAGACCAAUAUACUACGAAUUUGAUGACUAUGAUUAUUUUGGUGACUUUAUUACUAGCCGCUAUGUAAAAGGCUACUGGGCGGCGUUUUACGUACUGUGCUUGUACUGGGGAUUUUUUUGGUUUUGUAGACACAUCUUUGGAGAUGGUAAUAACAACAUGUUUCACCGAGAAGAAGCCGUACAUAAUUUGGAAAGUGAUCGUAGUCGGAGUAGUCGAAGACACUUGAUGUGGACAAAUAGUACAACAGCUAUUGAUAUCUUUACAAGGCUUAAUCGUACAUGUAAUCUCCUUCGAGACUUAACCUUAUUGUUACUUUCGGCAUUAGUAAUCAAUACAAUGGCACGUGGAGGUAAAAGGUCGGUUAUGAUUUUGUCUUGGAUAUAUUUAGGCAUGGCUGUAUUUUGGUCCAUCUAUGAAAUGAUAUUCGCACAUUAUUUAGCAAGACUCAGUUCAUCCAUUAUAUUUUAUGGAAUAUCCAUUACAAUUGGUGCAAUUGCCUUUAAGAAUGGAUUUGAUCAAUACGAUUAA